UCUGAAAUAAAUAAAAUAACAAAAUACUGAAAAUCAGACACAAUUAUGCAUUGUAUAUUUUUUUAACUUCACAUUAAUUUAGAAAUGUGCCAUUAGAAAGGGAGAGGCAAAUGCUUUAUCCAUGUUAGUUGAGAUUAACAUAUUUUAAAAUGCAACCUUUCUGCUCUAUGCUGCAGGUCUUUAUUACACUUAUUACUAGUCACGAAGCUCUGUUAUAGAUUAUUUGAGUUUUAGGACUUGUCAAGACAAAUAUAAUUUUAUUCUCUUAAAACUGAUUGUAUUAUAAAAAUUAUGGCCAGUUGUAGUAAACCAGAAGGUUCCAACAGAUACAGCCAUCUAAAAUGACAAACCUGUGGUGGCUAAAAGACUUUCUUAGUUGCUUAAGCAAAUACAACAAAAUCAAAACAAACAAAUUCUAGGGCUGUAUUAAUUCCAGUGACAAUGUUUCCUCCAUUCAUUCUUAAAUAGUGGAAACAUUGGUCUUCUAUUCUUUCUCACUUAUGUGAGAAGAGUUGGCUAAUAGGCAGGGAACCUCUAAUUCUUGGAUUUCAUUCAUCCACCAAGCUAAAGUAUAGCCCCAGUCGCUAACCCCAAUCUCUGUUUCUUUAAACUUUUCAGUUUUUCUUUGCUUUUAUAGAAUUGCAGCCUGUGUUGUGCUCCUGGGCACCGAAGAAGCCCCCCAUGUUGGCGGGCUUCCCGGGAGCUUGCCACUGCCCAGAGGGCAGGCUUCAUCUUUCCAGUUGGGUCAACUAGAUCUAUGAACAAUGUCCUUCUGGUCUGCGGCUGUCCUGUGACCUGAACGACAAACUCCCAACGCACCUGCUGCGGACUUACCCACAAAACCACCUUCGCCGACUGCUGUGGGCAUCGGUCUCCUGAACCUUCUGAAGACACCAUGUCUCAUCCCAUGUAUAAUCCUAUCAACCCUGGUAAGAGGAUGCGUCCCCAAGGACAAUAUGUACACUCUGGUGGACAAAUUGAGAUGAACCCUCAGAGGCCACCACCUCACCCUGGCGCUGGUUCCAAUUUCGGCUCUUCUGGAUGUACUGCCACCAACUGUGGACCAUCUGGAGGACCUAUACCGUCCCUUCUGAGUUUACCAAUAACCUACAGACCUGAGAGAACUAUGGUACCAAUAGAGAAGGACAUAGGCCAACGUUUGGACUUGAACAUCAGCAGAGCCAGGGAGGAGGCUAUGCAAAAUUCUGCAAGCCGAAACACACAAUUUAUCAAUGUUCAAAGAGACACGUUUCCAUCCACAAACACCGGGAUGCAAUUAUAUUUGCCACCUCCUGCUGCUCAAGUGAACAGACCCUUCACUGUUGAUAGAGGCAGCACCUCCUUGAACUGGGCCUCGGCGGAAGAGUCGUCAAAAAUGUAUCCUUCUGCUUCACCCAGCUUUCUAGGCAGUGGUGAAGGUGGGAAGCAGACAUUUGCUGGUUUGGGUAAUUAUGACACUUCUAUGUCUGACAAAUCGGCACCUCCUCAGGAGACCAUUAAAUCUGCGUACACUUCAGAAUCGGCUGUGGACAUCCUCCAGCAGUUUGGGCUUUUGAAGGAAGACCUGCACCACCUAACGUCAUACCACAAAUAUCAGAUCACCCCCGACAACCUGCCUUUCAUCUUAAGGCAAAUCCGACUGGAGAAGGAGAAGAGAGCGCCAACUUCAGUUCACUCAACAUCCUACGGUGAAGCUCAACCCAUGAGGAGUAUGGGUGAAAUGGACCCCAGAGGGCCAGUGUUGGAUCCAGAUCAAGUAACUUUGACGAUUGUCAAUCAAAGCAAAGUGAUUGACUAUGGACAUUCCUCAAAAUCAGAGUUGUCCUCUUUUAGACAACUGAACAAGAAUACUGAUUUAAGACAACUCAUGUCUGAAGUUCCAUCGAAGAACCCAGAACCAGCUCACCAGGCAGCCUCUGAAACCCAGGUGUCCAAACCACCCUUGAGUUUGAUCCGUGGAGUUCAUCCUGGGCGCCCUGGGCUCGUGCUUAUUGGCAGCAGUGUCCAGAGUCAUGAUGACGAUCAGCGCAGAUCUACAGGGCAAGCCUCAAAAGCUCCUGAUCUGGCGAUGAAGAAUGAAACCAAGGGUGGACCGAAGAAGCAGCUCCAGAUGCACCAGGGACGUCGACAGCCUAAAAAUUUUCCUGCGACAAAGCCACCACCACUUCUACAACACAUGCAUCCUGCUCCACCUAAUCGAGGGCCAAGCAAGAUGGAUGCCAUGACUCGUGCUGGGCCGCCAAACCAUCUGCCGCCGCUAACCCUGAUGGAAGACUGCUCUGCAGCAACUCCAAGACUAUUUCCUCAUACCUGUUCUCUUUGUAUUAAACAAUGUACCAAUUUGAAGGACUGGCUCUCCCACCAGAAUACUGUCCUUCAUCGUGGGAACACCACACUCCUAAGGGAGAGAUACCCUGAGUGGGACGGGAGGACUCCAGAGUUUUUGAGUGCUUCGGCUUUACAUUCUCAUCCUGAAUACACAACUCCUGGCCAUAAUUUGCAGAACCGCCAACAGACAUCAUUUCAAGAGAACGUAUCGCGUUCGCUCAGUCCUCACCGCCGACGUCAGUCAGAGGUCAGAAAGGAAAAACAGGGCAAAAGAUUUAGCCCUGCAAGACCUCAGAGUCCACUUCAUCAUCAUGGCUCUGAAAGUAGAAGAGAGAGACGGAGUGGCAGAUCACAGUCGCCGCACACCUCCAAACACACUCACAGGCCCCGCUCUGAUUCUUAUGAUCGCCAAACUUCGUCACACUACCGCUCACGCUCAAGAAGUUACGACAGACUAUCCUCUCCCAGGAGGAGGGAAGCCGAGCGGUUGUCACCGAGGAGAAGCUAUGAGCACCGAUCGUCUCCAAGAAGAAGCGACGAGAGACGCUCGUCACCGAGGAGAAGCUAUGAAAGGCAGUCAUCAGGAGAGAGAUCAGUAUCUCAGCAUAGGAGGUCCAUAAGUGCCGACAGACUGGCUAAAAGGAUCCUGGGAAAAAAAGCUGUUCAGUCUCUGUCCAAACAGUCCGACCUGGAGGCCAUGGUUAAAACUCUGGCUCCCGUUUUACUGGCUGAGCUGGUGAAUUUAAAAUCCUCCGCUGCCUCAUCAUCCUCAAAGACAGAGAAGACCUCUUCUCAUAAAUCAUCCAAGGCCACAUCCAGCGGGACGAGCUCUUCAACAAAGCCUGCGCCUGCUAGAUCCACGACACCCUGCAUGGUGACGUUUUCUGGUGUUUUUUCUUCUCUUUCACACACCGACAUGGUCGAAUCCAUGGAGAAAUAUGGCAAAGUAAAAUCUCUACUUAUGUACAGAUUAACAAAGAAGGCGCGUGUGAUUUUUGAGAAAGCAGAGGACGCAAAGAAACUGCAGUGCUUGACGAGGUGCAUCGUGAAUGGAUUGCCCAUCUUUGUUGACAAGCCACUGGGCAUCACUUUGAAGAAGUCUCUGCAGAAGACAGCUCCACAGAAAAAAUCUGAUGUCUCAAGUUCUGGAACUACCAAAUCCCACGUCACUGUGAAAGUAAAAAAGCCUGCAUCGUCCAAAACUAAAAACACCACAGCAGGCAAAUUUGUCUCAAAAGCAAAAGUCUUGGUUUCCAAAGCAAAAGGCAUCUCAAUAAAGCAGGUCUCUAAAACUGUCAGCAAAUCCAGUACAAAUGCAAAAAGUACUGGGAAGAUGGUUGGAGGGAAAAAUGAGGCUUCAGUGGUUCCAAAAUCCAAGCUUGCAAGAAAGAGACCUGCUGCUCAUAAGGCUAAAAAACUGGUGAUGAACUCAAAACCCGUGAGAGAUGGUGUUAAAUCUGCACCGAUUAAGGCCUCAAAGGUCAGAAAGCAGCCUAACAAAACCAUAGCAGGAAAAACUUCUAAACCAAAAACCACCGUCACAGCUGAAGAGAAAUCUGCAAAAGCUGAAGAAAAAUCUGUGAAAUCGGAAGAAAAAUCUGUAAAAACUUUAUCAGAGAAGCUGAAAAGUACAGUGACUUCCAGUUCUGUGGAAUAUUGGAAAACUAAAACUGAAGCUGGGCAAAAGCGAAAUUGGUCUAUAAGGAAGGCAGAUGCAUGGCGAGUUUUUCAAACACCAGCAAAAGCUUCUGCUGAAUCCUCCACCAUAACAUCUGUAAGUGAUCCGGGUAAAAAUGUUGCUGAACUUCGCCAUGUGGAUGAUAACAGCUUCAAGACUUUAACAACAGCAAUUAACAAGAACAGACCGACUAAAGGAGCCACAUCUGAAAGCAAGAACAAAGAGAGCACUACUGUAAGCAUGACAACUCCUGAGGAUGCAAAACAGAAAAACCCACCACAUGCAAAAGUAAAUGACAAAACUAUUAAUUCUUUAGGAGAAUUUGGUGAGCUUGACUUUUACUCUGGAGAUUUUGUAACAGUUGAUGAAAUUAAUGAAGACGUUGAAGACAUGGUUGUAGAAGUUCACCCUUCCUCAUCUAAGCCAACAUCCAGAGAGACAAAAGACGAGCAGAGUUCAGCUUCCAGAAAGACGUCAACAAAGUCAGCCUCUUCCUCAUUUAAGUCUUCAAAAGGCAACUCAUCCUCUCAAUCGACAUCUUCAUCAGCAGACAACCAAAAGAGCGUUCAUGAGUUCAAGAAAUCUCAAACCAAAACUACUUCUGCCAAGGGAACUAAAAGUUCCUCCUCACUUUCAAAGUCUGUGAAAACUCCACCUUCCUUUGGUCAGAAAUUUCAGUCAAACCAGAGUAAGCGUCCCGUUAGGUCAUCAAAACCCUCAUCCUCGGGCGGAAGUGUCUGUUCACCGGUGGCAGCCACUAAAUCAUCUGUAAAAACUCAGUCAGUGCAUAAAAAGGAUUUAAAACCUGCACAGGGUGCAGUGGCAAAGUCUGACCACCAGGUGUCAGCAGAGAGCUGUUCUGCAAUAAAAGAUGAAUCCAUCAACGAGAUGAAGAAAACCCAAGCAAAGGGUAAGAAAAAUGGAAAAAGCACAGAGGAGAAGACGGACAAUGAAAAUAAACAAGUCCUUGAUUCAAUCAAUGAAAAAUCUGAUGAACAGAAAAACAAGGAGAACCAAGACAGAAGAACAGAAAUUCAAAUACCUGGAUCUGAGCAAGACCAUGUCAUUCAGCAGGGAGCUGAUAAUGACAACGGUCGAUCAGAUGAGUGCCAGAAAAUGGAAGUAGAUGAGUCUACCAAGCUGCAAGACGGUGCACUUAAAGAUCAGGCCGCUACAGCUGAUGAUGGAGAAGAAGUUCCCACAAUGACGCAGGUUUCUGAAAAUGAUGAGACUAAAGAAGCCCAGACUUCUGACGGAUCAUCGGUCAGAGAUACAUCAGAUAAAAACCAAGUGACAAGUGAAGAAACCAACCAGACUCCAAAUAGCAGUGGUGUAAAACAAAAAGAUGACAUCCUUUUAUCAGAGAGAGUCUGUGAAACCUCCAAAGAGGUUGGUCAAACCUCUAAUGAAGAAGACCACAAUGGCAGCAAAGACACUUUGAAAGACCUGAAACUUGUAGUUUCCACUGACCUACUGUCUAAAGCAGAUGAUGAACCUGCAGAUGAAGAGUCUUACGAGGUCAUAGAUUCAUUGGACGAUCCACCAACAAUAAUUCAGACGGAAUCAGAACAAGCAGCAAGAGAUAGUAAAAUCGUCUCUAGAGAUCUCAAACCAACUAGACAAGGUCAGUCAAAAAGCAAAACCUCUGAAGGUGAAAAUGAACAAUCACCAAAGGAACAGGACAAAACAAAGCUUCCAGUACGAACAAAAGACAGCAAGACAGAAAAAGAGGAAGAGAGUCUUAAGGAUUUAGAGGAAAUGGUCUAUGAAGUUGUAGACUCUGUUGAAGACGAUUCUGUUAAAGAGCCCUCAACCACAGGGAGUUGUAGUAGGAGACGAACACCAAGAGGAAACAAAAAAGAUGAGAAGACAUCAACCCCUGUAGAAGAACCUAAAAAAUCUGACCGCAAAGAAGAGGACGUGUUCACAGUUUUAGACUCUGUGGAAAAGGAAAGUCCCAGUGACAAACCAGUGGUGACGAGAUCGGCUAGAGGAAGAAAACAAAACGCAGCAAAGAAAGUUGAACAAAAUACUAAAACGAAGCAAGACAAGAUCCCCACAAGAAGACGACACACACCAGUCAGAGAUUCAAAGGAAAAAGAUGGUGAGAAAACUCCAAAUAAAGAUGUUCCUCUAAAGGAAAGUGCACCAACAAAGACGAGUGACACUGGGGAGGCGGACGCUACUCAUCAGGAACUGGACAAUGUUGAGUAUGACCAACCAACUACACAGAAACCAAGAAGAGGAAGACCAAAGAGGGACAGUAAAACUAGUAAAAAAACAGUGGAAGAAAAAGAAGAGCCUGUUUAUCAGAUUGUAGAUUCUCUAGAACAAGAUCAAGAAAAAAACAAGACUGUAGGAUCCAGUCUGCAGAAAGAACGUGAGACAAAUGACAAUACAGUUUCCUCACAGAUAAAAGAUCCACAGCAAGCUACUGGAGGGGAGGAUGAUGAAACAGGGGUCGCUAAAGAGGAUCAACCUGAAGAAAAACAGAGGAGUACAUCAAAAAUAGACUUUAAGAAAGAAGAGAAGAGGAAAGAGUUACCAAAGACGAAUAAUGCAACAUCAACAGAUGUUUUAUUGAGCCUCAGCGCAGAGAAGGAGGUUGGAGCGAGUGGGAAAACGGCGAGCGAUGAAACAAAGAAUCAUGAGGAAGACAUGGAGAAGAUGGAAGUCGCUACUGAUGAAUCAGUGAUUCUACCUGAGAGAGGAGAGAAAGACGUGUCGGAUGCUGCGACUUACAACAGAGAGAUCACAGAGGAAGAAACUCAGGAGGUUGUUGCUCCUAAUGAGGCAGAAGAGGAUCGACUAAAAAAGCAGGGAACUCAGGAGCAAUCAGUGGGCCGUCUACAGGCACAGAAUUUGUCGACUUCAGAUGAAGCUGGUAAAAUUGAUGAGAAAGAAGAUAAGGAGGAAAACGUACAAACUUCAAACUCUUCUAAACGUAAACAUGACGACAACACAGUUGUUGAUAAAUGGGAGAAAGAGCUCGUUGAACCCGAAGCAAAGCGAUCCUGUUCUCAGUCUCCGAAUGUUCCUGUGGACUUCCAGCUGCCUGCAUUUAAUCCCAGCAAUCCUAUGGGUGAGGAAUUUGUGGUUCCCAAGUCUGGAUUUUUCUGCAACUUGUGCUCCAUUUUUUAUUUCAAUGAAACCACAGCCAAGAAAAUCCACUGUAGCAGCCAGAAACAUUACGACAACCUGCAGAAACAUUACCAGAAGGUAAAAUUGAAAACUUCAUGAACGACGACUCAAAGUGUCCAAGAGUCUUUCUUCCGACUGAUCAAUUUACAACUGCAGUUAAUUUUUCUAUAAGAAGUGAAACCAGAGACUUUCAUUCACCCAUUUUAUGUGUUCAUCAUGAACCAUGAUGGCAUCAGUCAGAACAUUUUUUCAAUCUUUUUCUUAAAUCUUCUGGAUUUUAAUUUUUUCGUGCUUUCUUUAGUUUUAGAUGCAAACACUGACAGACAUAUUCUAAAGUUUAAGUGGGGAAAAAAAGAAUCAGACAUAGUUCCUUUCCGUUCUGGGAAAGUAUGGAAAAGUCUUUGUAUAAUGAAUCUUGUUUAGCCCUUUUUUGUAAAUGUAAUGUCUUUCCUUCUUCUUGCCUUACUCCCUUAUUUGCUCUUUUGCAACCUUCCUUCCUCUGUCGUUUUGUCUUUGGUUCUGCUGUAUGUUUUUUCCUUCCUUUCCCUCCCUGUUCCCUAUUUUUUUCUUUUCUUUCUUCCAUUGUCAUCAUCUUGUUUUUUCCUUUCUUCUAUGCAUCCUAUUUCCUGUCCAUCAUUCCUGUCUCCUUCUCCACAUCUCCUCCUUUUUGUCUUUUCCUGGCUUCUGUACUAAUUGGUACAGCAGCUACUAGCUAGUAGUAACUAGUAGCUUGUUUGAAUCUAGUGCUUGUUUGAUGCCUGUACCAACUGGAACCUACUAGCUAAUAGUUGAAACUAGAAGUUAGUAACUACUAGCUAGUACCAACUAGCUUCAAACAAGCUAGUAGCUAGUAGUUGCAUCUAGCUAGUAGCUUCAAACUAGAAACUAUUACUAGAAGCUAGAUGCUACUACUCGCUCCUUCUAGUAGUAGCUUGUAGCUUCUGCUAGCUACUAGCUGGUUGUGUCCAAACUCUCUCCUGUUUUUCCAAAAUCCUUUCCUUGUUCUUUCCAUCCUUUUUUAUCUCCUUCAUUUCCUUUUAGUUUCUUCAGAGGUUCUAUACUUAAACCCUGUUCAUUCCAGAAAUGUCAUCUAUAAAUUUAUGGAGAAGUUUGUUUCAUAACUUAACCUGAAAAUAAAGAAUUUAAAACUAA